GUAGGGUGUCUCGCGCGCAGUUCGGUUGACACGCAGCACUGCUCGGCGGGUGUGUGCUGAGGCGCGCGCUGAUUUUACAUGAAAACAGUUUUUAUAAAAUAAAAUAAAACUCAGAAACACACACACGCGCGCGCGCGCUGCAGAGCCGAUAUGGAGUCGUAUGAUAUUAUAGCCAACCAGCCGGUGGUCAUCGAUAAUGGUUCAGGUGUGAUUAAAGCGGGGUUUGCUGGAGAUCAGAUUCCUAAAUACUGCUUUCCUAAUUAUGUCGGUCGGCCCAAACAUGUGCGUGUGAUGGCUGGAGCGCUGGAGGGGGAUCUGUUCAUCGGGCCCAAAGCUGAGGAACACAGGGGUUUGUUGUCGGUUCGGUACCCGAUGGAACAUGGCAUCGUUAAAGACUGGAAUGACAUGGAGAGGAUCUGGCAGUACGUUUACUCUAAAGAACAGCUGCAGACCUUCAGUGAGGAGCACCCUGUAUUACUGACUGAAGCUCCUCUGAACCCGAGUAAGAACCGCGAGCGUGCAGCUGAGGUCUUCUUUGAAACCUUCAAUGUCCCGGCACUGUUCAUCUCCAUGCAGGCCGUGCUCAGUCUGUAUGCGACAGGCAGGACAACAGGUGUGGUGUUGGAUGCGGGGGAUGGUGUGACCCACGCCGUCCCGAUCUACGAGGGUUUUGCGAUCCCACACUCCAUCAUGCGCGUGGACAUUGCGGGCCGGGACGUGUCCCGAUUCCUCCGUCUGCUCCUGAGGAAGGAGGGAUACGACUUUCACACCUCCGCUGAGUUCGAGGUCGUGCGCACUAUCAAGGAGAGGGCGUGUUAUCUGUCCUUGAAUCCUCAGAAAGAUGAGACUCUGGAGACGGAGAAGGCGCAGUACACACUACCGGACGGGAGCACACUCGACAUUGGGCCAGCGAGGUUCCGGGCCCCGGAGCUGCUGUUCCGGCCCGACCUGAUUGGAGACGAGAGUGAGGGAAUCCACGAGGUUCUCGCCUUCGCCAUACAGAAAUCAGACCUGGACCUCCGGCGUACCUUGUUCUCCAACAUCGUCCUGAGUGGCGGCUCCACGCUGCUCAAAGGGUUUGGAGACAGAUUGCUGAGUGAGGUGAAGAAGCUCGCUCCCAAAGACGUCAAAAUAAAGAUCUCAGCACCACAGGAGAGACUUUACUCUACAUGGAUUGGUGGCUCUAUCCUGGCUUCAUUGGACACCUUUAAGAAGAUGUGGGUUUCUAAGAAAGAGUAUGAAGAGGAUCGAGCACGUGCCAUUCACAGGAAGACCUUCUAAUAAGCCCCGCCCAUCGCUUCAGUCAUGCCCCGCCCCCUCCAGCUCUGACACUGCGGCUGAUAGGGAGUGUCUGUGCAGUUCUGAUCUCUCUCUCUCUCACACACACACACACACACACACACACACUCUCUCUCUUAUGUCCUUCAGCUUGUCUGUGUGUUCUGGUCUAAAAUGAAGGAUUUUUUUCUGUAAUUUGUGUGUGUGUGUGUGUGUGUGUGUGUUUGUGUGUGUGAGGGGUGUUAUUGCCACUCCAGUGAUGUCGGUCAGCUCUAGGCCACGCCCUGUGUUGUUAGGCAGGAAGUGAUGACAGGACAUGGUGGUAAACACAUCCACACACACACAUGUGGUUCACUCUCACUCACACACACACACACACACACACACACACACACACCCCACUUGCACACUAAUCACCACUGUGUUUUUCCUCUGCACUGCGCACGAAUGCUAGCCUGUUAGCUAGCUAGCAGAGUGUGAGGUAUCCACUUCCUGUUUCUUUCCUGAGGAUUGUGUGUUGUUCACUGAGGUGUGUGUUAGAGCACAUCUCCACCUUCAGGACUCCCCAUUGUUAUUCAUUAUGUUGUAUGUACCUGUGGUUUUUUUUUUAUUUUAUUUUAUUUUUUUGGGGGGGGUCUGUUAUGUAACUGGAGGUGGGUGUGUCUUUAACACAUUGGGUAACCAUGAUGUAUGUGAUCAUACUGUACCUUUUGGUCGCCCGAAUGAUAUCACCAUGGAAACAGCUCCAAACUCCGCCACCGAUUUACGCUACAACGGUUUGUUUUUGUUUGUUUGUUUUUUAUUUAUUUUGAUUUUGCUAUGGAAACUUUGUUAGCAUUAUCCACAUAGCCAGUCAGUUUAUUGUGGUCACCAGUAAAGCAUGUGAUAUUAACCCCCCCAAACCCCCAUUCACAUUCUGAUUACAUUCCACUCUGUGUGUGUGUGUGUGUGUGUGUGUGUGUGUGUGUGUGUGUGUGUGUGUGGUGAUAGAGCAGGUUUAAUGGUUCUGGAUUAAGAGAUUGACAGUUUGACAGAAAGUCAAAGUCAGAGUAGUGCAGUGUAUCAUUAUAAAGCAUCUCAAUUUCAUUAUAUUAGCUUUUUACACACACACACACACACACACACACACACAGAUGACUGGUCACAGUGGAGAAUAAUCUGAAAAUGUGGCCAGAGAUUUGUUUCAUAAGAAAUGAAAACUGAAAUGUGUUUCAAUUUAAAAUUUCUCCUUUACAGACAGAAGCUCUGCACAUGAACACUCUUUACUGCUGAUGUAUAAAUUAUAAAUAAAUUAAUUAAAAGCCUCA